GAGGGAGAGGGAGGGGGCGGGACUGACCACUAGAUUACACUAAGGACUACACUGUGCGUCGGAAAGCGCAAAAAUUGACCCAAACACACACCUCGACAGGAAUAAAAAGGCAAAAGGAGCAAAUGCGCACGGACCGCAGCUACACACCCGCAGCCGCCGCACUCUUUUGCGUGUUUUUCAUCUUCGAUCUGUUUUUUUCCCCCCAUCCUAAUGACAUUUCGGAGCUCGUGACUACCAGAAGGAGCGACUGAAAAGAAGACAGCAAGACUGACAAGCAGAGGGCGAGACACAGAGACAGACAGAGAGGGUGAGAAAGAGAGACAUAACGAUAGCUCGACUGAGGUGCUGUGGGGUUGCGCGCGCUCGCUUGGGCUGGACGGGCUACACCUUUCCGGGAAACUAAAGCAGGGACAGAGAAGCAGACAGAUAUAAGCUAUACACAGCACACGAGCCGGCAUUACCUAGACGUGUCUUGCGUUUAUUUUUUAGUUUAUCAUUUCUUUUUGCAGACAUUUAUCAGAGACACCACAGGAGACUAAGACAGGUGCGUUGUAGUAGCCUAAGCACAGCAAUGUGUCCAGUCUCAGGCGUGUACAGCUCGUGAUUUGACUCCAUGUUUUUUCCUCCACCACAUUAAGAAAUUUGCCACAUUCCUGCGGCUGGUCGGUUCGCGCGCGCGUGUUCAUGUGUGCGUUGAUUAACGCGCGCGCCACGCACGCACCGCAUCCACACGAACCGAGCCAGACCCGACGCGAGCUCCUCCCCAUCCCCAUCUUUCUCUCCCCGCCCCCUCCACCUCCUCCUCUAUGCUCAGCUCGGUGUGCGUCUCCUCUUUCAGAGGGCGCAAGGGUGGCAGCAAGUCGUGCGCUAAAGCAUGCGCGAGCGCCGACAUGACUUGCCCGUCGGACAGCGAGCGCAUCGUGAUCAACUGCGGUGGCGUGCGGCACGAGACUUACCGCAGCACGCUCCGUACGCUGCCCGGCACGCGCCUCUCCUGGCUCACCGAACCCGACGCGUGCAGUAACUUCGACUACGACCCCAAGUCGGACGAGUUCUUCUUCGACCGGCACCCGAGCACGUUCGCCUUCAUCCUCAAUUACUACCGCACCGGCAAGCUGCACUGUCCCGGCGAUGUGUGCGGCCCGCUCUUCGAGGAGGAGCUCGCCUUCUGGGGCAUCGACGAGACGGACGUGGAGGCGUGCUGCUGGAUGAACUACCGGCAGCACCGCGACGCCGAGGAGGCGCUCGAUAGCUUCGAGACGCCCGAGCCGGACGCGCCGGAGGACGAGGCUGUGGCGCUGGCCGGCGGCGGAGGGGGCGGGGCAGACGGGGAUCUCAAGCGGCUCUGCCUGCACGAGGACGGCGGCAAGAAGAGCUGGUGGAGCGUGUGGCGGCCGCGCAUCUGGGCGCUAUUCGAGGACCCGUACUCAUCCAAAUACGCGCGGUACGUUGCGUUUGGCUCGCUCUUCUUCAUCCUCAUCUCCAUCUCGACAUUCUGCCUGGAGACGCAUGAGGCGUUCAACACCAUCUACAACCGCACAGAGAAUGUGACGGUGGGCAACGUGACGCACGAGGAAGUGGUGUUCGAGGUUGUGACGGACAACUGGCUGACGUACGUGGAAGGCGUGUGCGUCAUCUGGUUUACCAUCGAGGUGUUCACGCGUGUCAUCUUCUGCCCCGACAAGGCUGAGUUCUUCAAGAGCUCGCUCAAUAUCAUUGACUUCGUGGCCAUCCUGCCCUUCUACCUGGAGGUGGCGCUGAGUGGCCUCUCAUCCAAGGCCGCCAAGGACGUGCUGGGCUUCCUGCGUGUCGUCCGCUUCGUCCGGAUCUUGAGGAUCUUCAAGCUCACGCGCCAUUUCGUCGGGCUGCGGGUGUUGGGCCACACUCUGCGUGCCAGCACUAACGAGUUCCUGCUCCUGAUCAUCUUCCUGGCUCUCGGGGUGCUUAUCUUUGCCACAAUGAUUUAUUAUGCCGAGAGGAUUGGCGCUGACCCCGAUGACCCUACGGCCAGUGCCCACACCUCCUUCAAGAACAUCCCUAUUGGCUUCUGGUGGGCCGUGGUUACCAUGACUACGCUGGGCUACGGCGACAUGUACCCCGAGACGUGGUCGGGCAUGUUGGUCGGCGCUCUGUGUGCCCUGGCUGGCGUGCUUACCAUCGCCAUGCCUGUGCCCGUCAUCGUCAACAACUUCGGCAUGUACUACUCGCUGGCCAUGGCCAAGCAGAAGCUGCCCAAGAAGAAGAACAAACACAUCCCACGAGCCCCACAACCCGGCUCGCCCAAUUACUGCAAGCCUGAUGCUCUUGCCAUGGCAACCGCCUCUCCGCACAGGAUCAUGGGUAAUGUGCUGGGUGGCAGCAUAGCAGGGGACUGCCCUCUGGCACAGGAAGAGAUCAUCGAGAUCAACAGAGCAGACUCGAAGCAAAAUGGGGACGCGGCUAAUGCAGCCCUGGCUAAUGAGGACUGCCCUACAAUAGACCAGGUGCUGGGGCCGGAUGACAGGAGUCCGGCAACGGGGACCGGGCGCUACCCGCACGACCGCGCCUGCUUCCUGCUCAGCGCCGGCGAGUUCCGCACCACCGACAGCAAUGUCAGGAAAGGUUGUGUCGUGUCAUGCGUUUCUGCUGGCUACGAAAAGUCUCGAAGCUUGAACAACAUUUCUGGGAUGACGGGCGCACCUCUACGUUUGACCCCCAUCACUCCUAUCAACAGCGCCCCCUACGAACCCUACGACUCUCCCGGACCUCUGCGCCGCUGCCGUUCCCCGAUCCCGUCCAUUUUGUAGCACAGACGCAGAAAGGACAAAAAAUAUAUAUAAUCACGCUCCGAACUAGAGACUCCCAAAUGCACCGUAGUGUUAAUACUAGUGAUAAUGAUGAUGAUAACUGUUCACAAUGUAAGGGUUAAAGGUCACGCUUUUCACUGAGCCGAGCGGGUGGGUCGGGGUCGGGGGUCAGGGAGAUACGGAAUGGGGUUUGGUUUAAAUUCCCCUGGCUUUGAGUGCUGAAUAAAUUUCCCUAGAUAGACUUAAGCUUAAAGUCACAAAGACAAAGACGAACCUACAAGCUAUAUCAGCAAUAUUCAACCUAUCGAUAGAAAUCUCUGGCUUCCUGAACGGACACUAAGCUUCCAUGGUUUAGUCACUUUAGCGAGCUGACAGUAGACCGCUUUCCCUCCGCCCGAUUGCUGGAAACGUAUUAAAGGUUUCAAGCUUCAUCUGCCGGCAAAUCUCGGAACGAUGCCGCCGUCGAACUUAGGCGACUGUAAUGCAUGCGAAUAUAAACUAAUCGAACUAAAACGUCUGAAUGAAUAUCGCUAAAUGAAGAUCCGCCGUUCAUUAUUUCAAACGUCCGCUCGUCCGGAGAGAGGUCAGGAAAGCCGGCGAUUCAUUUUUGGGUUCAAUGCAACUGCGGUUUAUAUAAAUAAAUAUAUAUAUACGACAAUAACAAGAAGAAGAAGAAGGACACGUGCAUCAUCUCAUCAGCAUGACUCGGGAAAAUGUUCAUUUUUAAUACGAUGAUUUUUAUUAUCGUUACCUAGUCGAGGACGUGCGAUUACGACCCCUGUCAGAGAGCGCCUGAGGAAAACGGAACCGCAUAUUAACUGUAAGAAGUACUCUAUUUUUGUAUCAGGCUUCGGGACGCUGCAAUACGAACUGAGCCGGGGGACGAAACUCACCUUUCUGCAUGGACAGGAGCAGGACAUCGACGUUGUCCGUGUAAAAUGUGCUAUUUAGCUUCAACCCUAUUUAACCAAACAAAGGUGUGACUAACGGGAUGGGGUGGGGGGCAGAGAGGCGAGGAAAAGGAAUCGGAAUAUUUUAUCCAGGGCCUCUGACCUUCUGCACUGCUUCCCGGUAUUCCCGCUUUUUCUAUACUAGCGCAUGAAGGGAACGCCGGACUCUACAAUCUCCUUCUUCCUACAUUACUUGAUCAUAAAUAUGACAUAUCAAGACGAUACGAAAGUCAGGAUCUGAAAUCUGAAGAAGAAGACGAAGAAGAAGAAGAAAGAGGAGGAAAAUAAACAGAACCCCUCUUCAUCCUGCUCAACAUCAUCAUCAUCAUCAUCAUCAUCAUCAUCAUCAUCAUCCUCAUCACCAUCAUUCCCAUUAUUAUAAAACCCUUCCACCUGGUUACUGUGAUUCUUAUAGUUUGAAUGCAGUAAGUUUUCACCUUCCCGUUUUUUAUUUUCUCCUUGUUUCUUUCUUUCUUCCUUUUGUUCUUUCUCUUUUCUUCUUUUUCCCCUUUUUUUGCCUGCUCUGUCUCUCGGAUGCCCGAUCUUCCCUUUCUGCCAAACCAAACCAAACCAAAAAAAAAAAAAAAAACAAACAAAGGAGGGAACGUUGACUGGAUGCUGGACUGACAAGCGAGAACUAUUCUGACAGUCCACUGCUUAUCAGAUAUAUGCAAAAAGAAGCUGUAACUGUGAAGUAAUCUAGAACAGGAAAAAAAAAAACCCUCCUUUCAUUUCUCCCUUCACGUGCACGCUCCGCGCUCCUGAAUGAACACCACACCCGACCUCUCGAGCUCCACCACCUCUGCCAUCUCCGCCGCCACCACCACCACCGACUCCCCCCGUCCUUCGUGUAACAAUGGUUCCUUCCUCAGGAAACCUCUACAGACUUAUUAUAAUUCUGCCUUCGUGAUUUUUCUGCAUAUUCUCUUUUCUUGCAUCGAAUUCUGUUCUUUUCUUUUCCUUUUUUUUUUACUCCCUUCUCUCUUUCUCUCUCUCAGUAUGCGGAACAGAUCGUUCUCAAUUCGUCCGCAUGUCAGCGGGCCGCGUUACCUGUCGCCGCCCGCCGGAAGCUCGUAGCCGAACGCGUCCGAGCACGGACUCUUUUAAUUUUUUCCUGAUUAUAUGUAGCACACACUAUCAUGUAGAUCAGUAGCAGGCGUUUAGUCGGGUUUAUUUUUUUAAACAGAAACAAGGAUCGCUACCGAGCGAUGAUAGAGCGUUAAAAAAAAAAAAAAGAAUGAAAAACAAAACAAGAUCGUCUCGAGCAGUGCAUGUUGCCUCGCGUGCUAACGGAAUGCUUCGUGCUGCAUCCUUGUGCAUCUUGCGAUAUAUUUUUCUUUUCAUUUCUUAUUAUAUGCAUUUUUAAAAAAAAUUUUAAAGAGCUAGGUUCAGGGGAAGAGGAGAAAACAACAAACACAACUCUAUUCAUCCCAAACACCCUAAAAUAAUAAUAAUAAUAAUAAUAAUAAUAAUAAUAAUAAUAAUAAUAAUAAUAAUAAUAAAACAAGGAGGUAAGCACAAGAAAGUUCGGCCAUUUUCUUUCGAACGUAGCCGUGUAACAAUUUCUUUCGACGUAAUCAGAAAUUACCCAGAAUCCUCUAGCACGUCUCUCACGUCACUACUCAGGUACUGUAGCUCUCUCUGUCUACGUCGGUCUUUUAUCAGUGCUUCCAAAAAAAAAAAAAGACAACAACAACAACAAAAAAAAGAUGUCAACACUUUGAAGACAAAAACGGAAAACGAACGAAGAAAGAGUUCGUAGAAACGAACGUGUUCACACGUCUUCCUUUCCUAGAGUCCUCGCGCUUCUUCUUUUUUCUUAAACGAUCCGUCAAAAUUUUAUUACGUUUAUUUUGCCCUAAUUUCUGCCAUUUCCCUCCCCAUGCCUUUCAGUCACUUCCUUUUUUAUUCUUAUUCUUAUUAUUAUUAUUAUUUUCCUUUUAAUUUACGAUAUUGAAAAAAAGGAAAGAAAGAAACGUCAACCCGUGAUCUGCCCUUAAAAAAAAUUAAAAGAAAGAGUGGGAAUGAACGAGCGAAAGACAAACAGACAGAGUGUAUGGUGUGUGUGUGUGUGUGUGUGUGUUUGGGGGGUUGGGUGGGGGGAUUAAACGAGUGUGUGUUGAAAGCGGAUCCUACGAACGGCACCGGGAAAUGGAGGAGAGUUGAAUGGAGGGGAAGAAGGAAAAGAGAAAAAUUGAGGAGGAAAGAAGGAAGGAAGGAAGGAAGGAAGCUGAUCGGCUUCUCAGUUGCUGAGUUUCUGAACUGUCCGCUUUCCCUCUAAAGACGAAUCCGGCUCCGCAGCCUAAAAAAAAAAAACCUAACUCCAUAAAAUGAGAGAACACACCAGGAGAAGAGAAGAAAAGAGAAGAGGAAGGAGACAGAGCGGUGCUAAUACAGCUUGAAGAACUCUGUUGUGUCUCUCGGCUGAUAGACAGAACCCCCGAAUGGAUCGACACCAAGCACAGACUCAUCCCUCCAUCAUGACUGCGGGACUUCACACGUUCUUCCAAACCGGACAGUGGUUUCAAUCUGGGCUUCUACUCGCACACAUAUCAGUCCGACGCUGCGGAACGACUUCCUUUCCUCCUUUGCACUCUUUUUGCGGUUCCAUCUGUUGUCUUUGCAUCGAAUCUUCUUUGAAAAAAAAAACAAAAAAAACAAGAUAACAAAAGGAACGUUAUUUGCAUGCACCACUAUUGGGUGGAGGCUAAAGAUUUAAACUCAGACAAACAGGGAUUGCUCUCGCUCUGGACGCUCCACCGUAAUUUUAAGGGCAAAGAAAAUUCCAUGGAAGGUUUCCCAAGCUUGAUUCAACUCUAUGCAAUUCACCCACUCACUAUUUACUACAACAACAAAAAAAAAAAUACGCCAAAUCAGCAGACGGCACUCAGCUUCAUCCUCUUCCCAACAGACAGAGGGUCAAGAGCCAGCGUCCGGUCCGGCGUGGACUCCCGCCUGCAACCGGGAACUCUCCUGUCACAUACUGCAGCUAAAAUAAAGCCUUCAUCCACGGACAAAUCCAUCACGUCAUGUCCGGGACUCACGGGCAUGUGACUAUAAACGGUGCGCGGGAAAGACGCUUCGCAGAACUUCCAGUCUUUCUCGUGUCUCUCUUCAACAUCUCAGUGUUUCUCCUCCUCUGUAGCAGAACUGCAUGGCAUGAACUUACAAAAAAAAACAAAGACAAAACAAAAGAAAGAAAACAAAUCCAAAUUAUAAGGAGAUCUUAGAAGCGCUUACAGAAACACAGAGAAACCGACGAGAUGUUUAAAAAAAAAUCCCUGACCGAUUUGUCCGGACGGACGGUGACGAGACGGAACAAGGAUCUCCCGCCUUUGACCUUCGACCCAGGGAAGAGGGUGGAGUUUUUCCACAUCAUCGGGACGGAUACGGAAACCCAGGGGGAGAACUUUGAACCGUGGGGGUGGGGGAAGCAACACACAAUAGAAUAUGAAUGCAAAUUGAAAACAAACAAACGAAAGGAAAAAAAAAGAAAAAAAAAGAUGCAUUUUCUGACUUUGUUUACCAGCAUGAUAAAAGAAUUGCAUGCCUCUGCUUUGAAAGGUCCUCUCGCCCAGCUCCCCCUCAACAUACACACGGAUAAAAAAAAAGAACAACAAAACAAAAAAAAGGAGGGCUUGGAAUUAUUAAAAAAAAAAAAAGAGCAACAUCACGGGGAUUAAAUGCAGGUUUAUGUUAUAUGCAACUCAAUUUAGAAAGUUAUAUUAUUAAAAAGAAAAAGUUCUAUAUUUUUGUUUUACUACUAAAAUCUGAGUACGGCAUAUACUGUAGGACUGCGAGAUACAGUCAGAGCGUAGAUAUUAGAUUCCCCCCAGAAACUGAUAUGGAAAAUAAAUUCCUGCUAUUUAAAAACUAGUUCUACUCAUCAUUUUCACACCGACAAACAACAAGAGAAACCUUUUAUUAUUGUUUUGUUUGUUUUUUUUCCCUCUUGCUUCUAUUCUUCCUAAUCUUAACUCUCGCAUCAUGGGAAUUCACAUCUUCGACCGUUCGCUGGAAAAAAAUAAUAAAUCAAAAAAUUCACAAAAAGUCGGCAACAAUACGUGAAAAUACUUCAGAUAAACGUUCAUAAAGCAGGAUUCGGGACCGAAAUGAAGGUUUUCGUAAAAAAAGCGCGUGUAAGUCGAGACCCGCGUUAAGAGCCGUACUGUGCGAAAGUCCAAGGAACCGAGAGCUUUAGUUAACGCUUUGUGAUUUGUGAGUUUUUAAAAAAAAAUAAAAAUAAAAAUGGUCAUUAGUAAGUUGUGAGAUUUGAACUUAGACGUCUCCGCGUCGGAUAAUAAACAAAAUCGUCUCGGAACAUACGGUACGUUACAUUUACACGUAAUAAUUGAAAUUCACAAUCAAAAUUUCAAUACAAUUUUUAACCUUUGUAUUCAAUAUUAAAAUUAUAAAUAAAAAUCGAUUUCAAAAUCCGAAUUUUCAUUCAAAAUUCAGAGUAAAAUUACAUGAAAUAAAAUGACCAAGAAAUGAAAUGAAAUUUAAUUAGAAUCAUGAAAUAAGCUGCACAGGACAGAGGGGAAAUAAAUCGAUAAAACAUUGAAGGAAAAUAAAAACAGAAUAUUCAUAUGAAGAAUUUCAAGAAUUUUAGGAUAAUUUCUUUAAAAAUUUGAAUUGUUUCAUAUGAACCAUUUUGAUUAAAAAACAAAAAAAAAAACAAAAAAAAAAACACAAGACAUCUGUUAAGAGUCAGAACUGAUCUGAGCGCAAUGAUAACAGCAGGAGAGUCAGUUAUCUGACCGGGAGACGGAGAGACGUGUUCAGGAUCUCGAAUCGUUUAUUUUCAUCGUUUUUAAAAAGAAAUUUUUUUUUUUCUGUUUAUUUUUAUGCUACAAGUGCAAACACAAAUCAUCCAGCUGUGGCAGGGACUAUCUGUUUGAUUGGGAUAUAACAUAUGAUAACAUUUAAACACAACUAGAGUAAAAAAAAAUAGAUAAGAUACAGGAUACACACACACACAUCAAUGUUUAUGGAGUCUAUGUUUAGGCUGUAGGGGUCACGGUGGCUUAGUGGUUAGCACGUUCGCCUCACACCUCCAGGGUUGGGGGUUCGAUUCCCACCUCCACCUUGUGUGUGUGGAGUUUGCAUGUUCUCCCCGUGCCUCGGGGGUUUCCUCCGGGUACUCCGGUUUCCUCCCCCGCCCCAAAGACAUGCAUGGUAGGUUGAUUGGCAUCUCUGGAAAAUUGUCCAUAGUGUGUGAGUGAAUGAGAGUGUGUGUGUGCCCUGUGAUGGGUUGGCACUCCGUCCAGGGUGUAUCCUGCCUCGAUGCCCAAUGACGCCUGAGAUAGGCACAGGCUCCCCGUGACCCGAGAAGUUCAGAUAAGCGGUAGGAAAUGAAUGAAUGAAUGUUUAGGCUGUAGCAGAUGCUAGGUAAAGGUUCGCUGAUCACGUAACAGCUAUUUAUUUAUUUAUUUAUAUUAUUAUUGUUUAUUUUUAUUUAUUUUAUUUAUUUUAUUUAUUUAAACCGCACAGUCAUCAGAUGGCUCCGUAUUACGCAACGGGCUCAAAUGUUCAAAAGAAACUGAAUGUUAUUCAUUCUGACAGUAAAUUCACAAAUAUAUAACUAAGAGAGAACGUUAGCGCUUUCCCAGUCUAUUAGAGUAAUGAGGCAUGCUGGGUAAUUGCAAGCUUUCUGUUUAACCACCACGGGAAAUAACCAGACAGACGGACAGACAGCUCGUAUUAGUUCGACCGAAUUUUCUGUUUAAUAUUGAAGACGUUUUAUAGAAUUUUAAAGAAUGAUCAUUUUCACAAAGCAGCUUUAGAGAAAUAUAAACAUUCAGCAUAGAAUUUAAAAAGGAUCCUCUUAUUUUUUCUGUGACUAGAAAGUGGAACAUGAUUGACAGGAAGGUCGAUCAAAAUAUCCUUAAUUGGUUGCUGAAAAAAAAAAAAGUCUCUUGGCCCCGCCCACAAUUAGUCUCUGACUGGGUGCCUUUUUGACGUUUCUGUCAUUUCUAAAAGUAUUUCUAUGAUGAUGAUUAUUAUUAUUAUUAUUAUUAUUAUUAUUAUUAUUAUUAUUAUUAUUAUUAUUAUUAUCUCUUUUGAAUCCUGGUAAAAAUAACAAAAACAAAUGAAAAAUCUUUCCUAAGCCUGGCGGGAAUUUCAGGAUAAAAAUUACAGAAACCGUUUAGACUCGAUUUAGGUGAAAGAUGAACGGCAGAAGAAAAGGAGAGAAACGACAAGCUGGUGGAGUUUUAUUCCAAAGCGAAUCUUCUCAGGUGACUUUCGACUUUCCCACAGUAUCGUGUACGUAAACGGAAGGGAAGAUUUUCGAGUUUAUUCCAUUUAUUUGCGGUCGUAGCCUCGUCAGUGAAGCGGCGUUUUAUCUCGUGUUACUUUUCCAUCUAAACGAUUCGAAUCAUCCGGAAACAGGAAGCUAGUAAUAAUGAUGGUAGCAACUGCUGAUGUGUACGAGCAAUAGAGUGAAUCCUUUUGUUUCUACUGUCACUCCUUUUUUUUUCUUUUCUUUCACUUAAGUGCUUUAAAUGGCAAAAUGCGGCCACAGAGUUAAAUAGAGUUAUGUAUAGAAUUAUGUAGGUAUGUAGAGAAGUGCUGCUAUUAUUUAUUUGUUUGUUUGUUUGUUUAUUUAUUUAUUUAUUGGUCCAUUCAUCCUGUGAUUGGUGUAAAACCUUAAUGUUGAAAUCUCCCUGAAGGAUUUCAGAUGCUGCUUCUCUGACUUGUUCCGAUUUAAAGUUUUGUUGUUGUUUUUUUGUUUGUUUGUUUUUUUUACCGAACAGGAAGUUCUGAUGUUUAUGAACGUUGAUGAAGAUGAGAGCGGUGAGGGCACGGACAGGAUUAACACGUUCGCCUCGUCACGGACUCGUCACAGAGUCACUACGAGUUGGGUUCUUGUGUAAAUCCCCGAGUCAGGAUGCAGAACGAGUCGGCUAGCUUAGCUACUGUACGCAGGGUCGGCGUCAUACCACAGGAAGUGGAUGAGCAACAGGACAAGGAGCUGAGGACCAGAACGCAGGUCAAGCUACUAAAAAGGGCUAUGUAUAUAAAAAAAACACAUAUACAACCAUAUAAAAACCACCACAGGCCGUAGCUGCAUCUUUUGGUCAGCAGGCUGAAACGUAUGGUGCCAUUUAGCUGUUUAUCUAUUUUCACAUCUUCUGGUUCUGCCUCUGCAAAGUGAUCUGUGAGGCAGGAAGUCAGCCAGUGCUCCUUACCAAAGGUCCACAGGAAGUCAGCCAGCGCUCCUUACCGAAGGUCCACAGGAAGUCAGCCAGCGUUCCUUACCGAAGGUCCACAGGAAGUCAGCCAGCGCUCCUUACUGUAGGUCCACAGGAAGUCAGCCAGCGCUCCUUACUGUAGGUCCACAGGAAGUCAGCCAGCGCUGCUUACUGUAGGUCCACAGGAAGUCAGCCAGCGCUCCUUACUGUAGGUCCACAGGAAGUCAGCCAGCGCUCCUUACUGUAGGUCCACAGGAAGUCAGGAAGCAGUGUAGUGUAGUGUAGAAAAAUUAGUUUCUGUUCACGCCGCUCUGUUAAAGCAAUAAUUUGGAUUCUUAAGUUUUGACUGCAUUGUGUUUAAGAAUUCAUCGUGUACUCCUGGGGUUUAGUGACAAAGACGAGAGAGAGAGAGAGAGAGAGAGAGAGAGAGAGAGAGAGAGAGAGAGAGAGAGAGAGAGGGACAAAAACGAGUAUCUUUAUGUGUCUGGGAUUUUCAGUGUGAAACUGAGUGAAACACACACACACACACACACACACACACU